CUGACAUGGUAACUGAACGGCUUUCAGCGACAGGCAGACGGGGACAGCUGCUCCGGAGAGGCUAGCAGGAACAGCCUGGUAGGGUCCAUCUCGGAUAGACGUGGAUGAUGCCAGAGCUAUGACAGGGAUUGCAGUCUUGGCACUGAGGGGUGAUCAAUUAUGGAACAACUACAGGAGGAAGUACCUGAGGUCAAGGAAGAGGAGGAGGAAGAGGCAGUGAUGGUGGCAAGCGGAGCCUCGGACCCAAGUGGAGGACCAGACAGCUCGCUGCCUUCGAGCAGCUACACAGACCUUUCGCAGAGCUCCUCUCCCUCCCUGUCGGACCAACUGCAGAUGGGCUGCGAGGAGGCGGCCUCGGGAGCGCUGAACAUGGAGUGCAGGGUCUGCGGAGACAAAGCCUCGGGGUUUCACUAUGGCGUGCACGCCUGCGAGGGCUGCAAGGGUUUCUUCCGCCGGACGAUCCGCAUGAAGCUGAAGUACGAGAAAUGUGAGAGGAGCUGCAAGAUUCAGAAGAAGAACCGGAACAAGUGCCAGUACUGCCGCUUCCAGAAAUGCCUCUCGCUGGGCAUGUCACAUAACGCAAUCCGCUUCGGCCGCAUGCCAGAGGCAGAGAAGAGGAAGCUGGUGGCAGGGCUGACGGCGAGCGAGAUCAGCUGCCAGAACCCGCAGGUGGCUGACCUGAAAGCUUUCUCCAAGCACAUCUACAACGCCUACCUGAAAAAUUUCAACAUGACCAAAAAGAAGGCGAGAGGUAUCUUGACCGGGAAGGCCAGCAGCACCCCACAGCCUUUUGUGAUCCAUGACAUGGACACCUUGUGGCAGGCAGAAAAGGGGCUGGUGUGGAAACAGCUAGUGAACGGCAUUCCCCCCUACAAGGAGAUCGGGGUGCACGUCUUCUACCGCUGCCAGUGCACCUCAGUGGAAACUGUGCGGGAGCUCACCGAGUUCGCCAAGAGCAUCCCCAGCUUCAUAGGCCUCUACUUGAAUGACCAAGUGACUCUGCUGAAGUACGGGGUGCACGAGGCCAUCUUCGCCAUGCUGGCCUCUAUCAUGAACAAGGAUGGGCUGUUGGUGGCCGAUGGGAAUGGCUUCGUGACCCGCGAGUUCCUGCGUAGCCUUCGCAAGCCCUUCAACGAGAUCAUGGAGCCCAAAUUUGAGUUUGCUGUGAAGUUCAACGCGCUGGAGCUGGAUGACAGUGACCUCUCUCUGUUUGUGGCUGCCAUUAUCCUGUGCGGAGACCGUCCUGGCCUGAUGAACGUGAAGCAGGUGGAGGAGAUCCAAGACAACAUCCUGCAAGCGCUGGAGUUUCACCUGCAGUCCAACCACCCGGAUGCCCAGUACCUCUUCCCCAAGCUGCUGCAGAAGAUGGCCGACCUGCGGCAGCUGGUGACGGAGCACGCCCAGCUGGUGCAGAAGAUCAAGAAGACGGAGACGGAGACAUCUCUGCACCCGCUUCUGCAGGAGAUCUACAAGGACAUGUACUAAGGACCUGUUAUUUAUGAGAAUGAAGCCAUGGAUUCCCAUCAAGACUCUUUGUACAGAAACAAAGAAAACCUUUCCCCAUGUCUUCCAUUUCUUCUACUGGAAACUCUUUUCUAUGUGACCCUGAGGUACAGUACAUAGGGCAAGAUGCCGUAAGAUUUUGCAGCCACCACCUGCUAGGCCAGGGCUUCCACUAACACACACUAACUAAUUUACAAAGGCAAAUCAUAAGCUAUUGUUUCCGUUACUGUGGCCCAGCUCUUCAGCUGCUUCGUGGGGCCUCUGGGGCAGCCGGCCGGUUCGCAUGGCCCAGCCGGUGGGGUUCCUGCGGCAGCUGGGCACGGUGGGGGACGCUCUGGUCAUGAGAAGACGCGAGCACGGUGUGGGUGUCCGGCGGGGCCAGCAACAGCACUUACAGCCUGUCUUUAUUUUCUUUUUUGUAUUGCACUCCGAAGACACAGUCCUGAGCCGUGAAGUCUAGGACAGUGUAAUGAAAGGAAGUUUCUCUCUUUCCCAAAGAAAAGUCAGAGUAUUUGAAGACGGUUAGGGCUGUCCUAGCAGAGACCCUCAGCCGCAGCCUCCCCUCGCUGGGCAGCAUAUUCCUGUCUCCCAGAAGGAUUGCGUGAUCUCUGCCUUCCCCUGAGUGCCGUGUGGGAGCCCUUGCUCCUGGUACCCUCAUUUCAGAGGGAGCCUGCCCCUCUGCACCUCAGUAUGA